GGCCCCGUGAGAAGCGCCCCGGGACCAAGGGUGCCUUUGGCAGUGCCCGUUUCUGGCACCCCCAGAUCCUUUUCCACGGAGCCGCGUGCGGUCGGUAUGACCGGCAGGACCCGGCUCUUGGCCGCGUUGGACCUCAUCCCGUCGGUCUCUGCCCAGCGUUGUCCUCCAGCGGUGGUGCUCCUGCAGCCCCGUGCCUGUGUCCCAACCCCGGGCUGAGUGAGCGGCUCUGGCUGGUAAAGACAGACGCAAAGAAGGCACGGAGACCCUCACCCUUUCCUCAGUAACAUCGUUCCCUGGUGCACCCAGUGAAGGAUGAGGGUUCACCUUGGCCCUUUUGCUGCCCAGUGCCCACGUGAGCCGAGCAGGGGAAGCACUGCCAAGGUGAAAGUCCACAAUGAGGGCCGUGUCGGGUCAGCACUCAAACGAGCGCCCAGCAGGGCUAAAGCCACGUCACCCAUGUCUGCCCGGCUCUUCGCUCUGCCCAGGCACCUCCGUGAUGACCGUGAGCGCCACGGACGCGGACGACGCGGUGAACACCGACAACGGCAUCGUCAGCUACUCCAUCGUCAGCCAGCAGCCGCCCAGCCCGCACCCCCAGAUGUUCACCAUCGACCCGGCCAAGGGCAUCAUCAGCGUGCUGGGCACGGGGCUGGACCGGGAGACCACUCCCAACUACACGCUGAUUGUCCAGGCCACGGACCAGGAGGGCAAGGGCCUGUCCAACACCGCCACGGCCGUCAUUGAGGUCACGGAUGCCAACACCCCCAGCACCGACGACAUCCUGAAGACCAACAAGGCUCCAGACAAGCCCGAGAUGCUGAGCGGUUCCCUGACCAUCCACGUGCUGAACACAGCCACAGGGCUGCCUGCUGCCGGCCUCGCUCUGCGCCUGGCACAGCUGGCAGAGCCAGGGGGACAGUGGACAGAGCUGGCACAGAGGUGGACGGAUGCAGAUGGACGCUGUUUGCCCCUCCUGCCCCCUGGACAGGCUGAGGCUGGCACCUAUAAACUGCACUUCGAGACGGCAGCUUACUGGCAGAGCCUGGGGUACAGCAGCUUCUACCCCUUUGUGGAGGUUGUCUUCACCAUCACUGACCCAGCCCAGAAGCUGCACGUCCCGCUGCUGAUCAGCCCCUACUCCUACACAACGUACCGGGGCAGUUAGGGCAAGGCUCCAGUGCCACAGGGAACCACUUGAUUGAUACCAUUAAAGGACUCAAACAGCA